AUGUUGAACAUCGCUGAAAAGUAUGAACAUGCAUUUUACCGCUUAGAACAUGCUGAUGUUGCAUUUUUAACUAAUCUCCGUAUUGAGUCGAAAGGAUGUCCUAAUCGAGCUGAUUGGGAACGAGCUCGUAUUUUUGUGAAGUUUUUGAAAACUUUUUAUGAUGCCACACUUUCUUUUUCUGGGUCAUUGCAUGUUACUGCUAACUCUUUUUUCAAACAGUUGAUGAAUAUUAAAAAAACGUUGAAUAAAUGGAGGCACAAUGUUAGUGAUCCAAUUUUGAAAACCAUGACAGCAAAUAUGCAAUUGAAGUACAACAAGUAUUGGGAAAGCAAUACAAUAAAUUAUCUUCUCUUUGUUGCUAUUUAUCUUGAUCCUCGUUAUAAGCUUGACUAUAUUGAAUUUUGUUUUACUCGGAUGUAUGGUGAAAAAUUGUCAGAGGAUAUGUUAAAGAAAUUGAAAUCUCUCAUUGCUAAAUUGUUUGAGCACUAUUUAUUUUUGUAUCCUGUUUCUCAUGAUGGUGGUUCCAAUGCCUCAUCUUCAAACAUUGCCUCUCAUUCUAGAAUUGAAAAUGGUGAAGAUGAUGAAGAUUGA